AUGGUAUUUUUUGGAUUCAGUCUCUCUGAAGUUUUCAAGAUCCUGGAGAUGAUAUUCUGCGCACUGGCCCUGCUGUUCCGUGGCUCCAUGUCCAAUCUAUACGGGAUCUGGUGUGAGUUAAUUUGUGUGUUUGGACUCAUUCUGGCACUGGUGGUCUUUCUUAUCGAAAAGCACCUUGUUUCAAAACUGAUCGAGCUGCUUGUGUUACAUCACAGCUGGGACGAACUGACCUGCGGACUCACACCUCUAACCUCACUAAUGCUGCUCCCCGCGUCUCUCAUCUACUGCUCCGCCUUUGUGUGUGCAACGUGCAUUGCAGACAUAAUUUGUGCCAUUGCCACCCUCCUUGCAUUUGGAGUGUAUGCGGUUGAGGCCGUGUUGUCAAAACUCAAGUGUCCACCAGUUUAUCUGUCCAAUGGGCGAGGCAUCCUGAGAUUCAGCCAGGCGUUUGUCACCUGCCUUAGUUUUGCUGCCGUAUACAGCUACUUUAAGGGUGUGGAAAACCAGUUCCGACCAUUCGGUUUAAUCUGGUUCAUUCUGGUCUAUGUGGUUUGUUUCCCUCCAAGUGUGGCAAUAAUCCUGACACACCUGCAGAAGUGUGUGGAUCUCAAUAAGUUGGAGCUGGUUAUCGAUAUCGUCGCUGUAGUGCUGUACGUCUCGAUGGCUAUUCUCUGGCCAGUUUUUGGGUAUAAAAACUAUAAAGAGGGAAAUCCAACUGACUCCAAAACCCAUUAUAGUUUUCAUGACCUGAACAUGGUCACAGUCCUGACGUAUGUAAACCUGGGACUCUACGUCGCGGAUCUCAUUUGGACUCUGAGUGUACUUUAUCAAAAUAGGUGA